GGCCGCCACUGUGCCCAGUCGCCAGCGCCUCCACUGUGGUGCGCACCUAAGGACAUGGAGGGCCCGGCUCUGGGCUCGCAGUGCAGGGAUCACAGCCAUGGACCCCACCCGCCCGGAUUUGGUCGGCACUGCACCUGUGCUCCUGAGCACAAAGAGCUGGCAAAGGCGAAAGAAAUCCUUCCUCUCAUAGAGGACUCUAGUAACUGUGACAUUGUGAAGGCUACUCAAUAUGGGAUUUUUGAACGAUGCAAAGAGUUGGUAGACGCCGGUUACGAUGUCAGGCAACCAGACAAAGAAAAUGUGUCGCUUCUUCAUUGGGCUGCCAUUAACAACAGACUGGAUCUUGUAAAGUUUUAUAUUUCAAAAGGGGCUGUUGUAGACCAGUUGGGAGGAGAUUUGAAUUCAACUCCUCUUCACUGGGCCAUCAGACAAGGGCAUUUACCUAUGGUCAUAUUGUUACUACAGCAUGGGGCAGACCCCACUCUCAUCGAUGGAGAGGGAUUCAGCAGCAUCCACCUGGCAGUAUUAUUUCAGCACAUGCCUAUUAUAGCAUAUCUCAUCUCAAAAGGACAGAGUGUGAAUAUGACAGAUUUAAAUGGGCAGACGCCUCUCAUGUUAUCAGCUCACAAAGUACUUGGGCCAGAGCCAACUGGAUUUCUAUUAAAGUUCAAUCCUUCUCUCAAUGUGGUUGACAAAAUACACCAAAACUCUCCACUUCACUGGGCAGUCACAGCGGGAAAUGUUAAUGCAGUUGACAAACUUUUGGAAGCUGGUUCUAACCUGGAUAUCCAAAAUGCUAAGGGAGAAACGCCUCUUGAUAUGGCUCUACAAACCAAAAACCGACUCAUUAUUCACAUGCUACAAACAGAGGCCAAAAUGAGAGCCCACAAGAACUUCAGACUUUGGAGGUGGCUACAGAAAUGCGAGCUCUUCCUGAUGCUGAUGCUCUCCCUGAUUGCCAUGGGGGCUGUCGGGUACAUCCUGGACUUCAAUUCUGAUUCCUGGCUUUUGAAAGGAAGCCUGCUCGUAAUAUUGUUCUUCCUGACAUCUUUAUUUCCAAGGUUGCUGGUCGGCUAUAAGAACCUUGUAUACUUACCAACAGUCUGUCUACUAAGUUCCGUCUUUUGGAUAUUUAUGACUUGGUUCGUCUUAUUCUUUCCUCAUCUGACAGGCAGCCCAUUCUACUUCACUUUCGUUCUCAGCAUCCUAGCCUUCCUCUACUUUUUCUACAAGACUUGGGCAACUGAUCCAGGCUACACCAAGUCGUCCGAGGAGGAGAGGAACAAGAAUAUCAUCACCCUGGCCGAAACUGGUGCUCUGGACUUCCGAACCUUUUGUGCAUCCUGUCUUAUCCGGAAGCCAUUGCGGUCGCUCCACUGUCAUGUGUGCAACUCCUGCGUGGCUCGCUAUGACCAACACUGCCUGUGGACUGGACGGUGCAUCGGCUUUGGCAACCACCACUACUACAUAUUCUUCUUAUUUUUCCUUUCCGUGGUGUGUGACUGGAUUAUAUAUGAAUCGUUUGUCUAUUGGUCCAAUCAUUGCACCACAACGUUCAAACAAGACGGAUUAUGGACCUACCUCAAUCAGAUUGUGGCCUGCUCCCCGUGGGUUCUGUAUAUCUUCGGACUGGCAAUUUUCCACUUCUCAUGGUCGACAUUUCUAUUAUUGAAUCAGCUUUUCCAGAUUGCUUUCCUUGGCCUGACCUCCCACGAGAGAACCAGCCUGCUGAAGCAGAGCCGGCAGAUGAAGCAGCCUCUGUCCCUCAGGAGGACACCCUACAACCUGGGAUUCACACAGAACCUCGCAGACUUCUUCCGGUGCGGCUGCUGUGGCUUGGCGAAGCCCUGCCUGGUUGACUGGACGUCGCAGUACACCAUGGUCUUCCACCCAGCUAAGGAGAAGGUCCUGCGCUCCGUCUGAGCCGAGGCUCCCACGCGCCGAUUUGCUUUCAUUUGUAGCGACGCCUUGUGGGCGGGCGGUGAAGCGAAGGUGUCAGAAUCCCCUAGACCCAAAGGAAAAGACAGGGCGUCCCACAGGCCCAGUGGAGACGAGGGAAGUUCUUGAGAAAGGCGUCACACGGUUUCAGAUUUGGCGAGAUGGACAAUGAUCAUGGCACAUGUCUGAAAAAAGCAUACUUUUCACCAGAAAGUAAAAGUCACUCUUUGUGGAGACAAUGCUCCCUAAUUAUGAUCAAAUGGAGUGUUUUCAGAAACUGCAUUGGCCAUCUCAAAAUAGUUCUAUUCUUUAAACUUGAGAUUUUUGAUAAAUUAUUUGUCUUUGUUAUAGCUUUAAAUAUGUAAACUAUAUUUAAAUAGACGUGUCUGUUUUGCUUUCACACAUAAAAUGUUUUCUUUUUUUGUA